AUCUGUAAUGGAGAUGGAGAAAGGAAUGGAGAAGAUGAAGAGGGGAGAAUUAGAGGAAGUUGAUGAGGAGAAAUGGGUUUAUGAUUCAUCUCUUGAUCAUAAAGGAAGAAUCCCUCUCCGAGCCUCCACUGGUGUGUGGAAAGCUUCCCUCUUCAUUUUCGCAAUUGAGUUCAGUGAGAGGUUAAGCUAUUUUGGAAUAGCAACUAAUCUCAUCAUAUACCUCACCAAAGUGAUCCAUCAAGACCUUAAGACAGCGGCAAAGAACGUGAAUUAUUGGUCGGGAGUAACAACAAUGAUGCCACUGAUUGGAGGGUUCCUUGCAGACUCAUACUUUGGAAGAUUCAAUGCAGUCCUAAUCUCAUCUUUUAUCUAUCUAUUGGGCCUGAUCCUAUUGACAAUGUCUGAACUAAUACCAAGCUUGAAGCCUUGCAACAUGGACAAUUGUACUAACUCCACAAAAAUCCAUGAGAUCAUGUUCUUCCUUGCCAUGUACAUGAUUUCAGUAGGAACAGGAGGUCACAAACCCUCUCUAGAGAGCUUCGGAGCUGACCAAUUCGACGAUGAUCAUUCUGAAGAAAGAAAGAAGAAGAUGUCUUACUUCAACUGGUGGAAUUUUGGUCUCUGCAGUGGUCUUGCGCUUGGUGUAACAGUGAUAGUUUACGUGCAAGACUACGUCGGUUGGGGUGUUGCAGAUAUCAUCCUCACUGUGGUUAUGGCCAUUACAAUCGUAAUCUUCUUUAUCGGAAGGCCAUUUUACCGAUUCAGAAUGCCAGAAGGGAGCCCUUUAACACCCAUGUUGCAGGUGUCUGUAGCAGCUAUAACCAAGAGAAGUCUUCCCCAUCCUUCUGAUCCUUCUCAAUUAUAUGAAGUACCCAAGAUACAGAAAACCCAGGGGAGGCUUUUGUGCCAUACACCUAAACUUAAGUUCUUGGACAAAGCUGCAAUCAUUGAAGAUAACAAGAAAGGAUCAAUUGAGAAGAGUCCAUGGAGAUUAUCUACAGUGACCAAAGUGGAAGAGAUGAAGCUAAUUCUGAAUAUGAUCCCUAUAUGGCUAUCUUCCUUGACAUUUGGAUUGUGUGUAGCACAAAGCUCCACAUUUUUCAUCAAACAAGCCAGUGCCAUGAACCUUCAAAUAAGCAUAAACCACCAUGGUUUUAUGAUCCCACCAGCUACAAUCUAUGCAAUUGCUGCAAUUGGAAUGAUCAUUUCUGUAGUCAUCUAUGACAAGAUCUUAGAACCUGUACUGCGAAAAGCCAGAGGCAAAGAAAGAGGGAUUGAGAUCCUACAAAGGAUUGGUAUAGGAAUGAUGUUCUCAAGUGUAACAAUGGUUACAGCUGCAUUGGUGGAAAGAAAAAGACUAGAAGCAGUGGAGAGGGGAAUUAGUCCUAUAAAUGUGUUCUGGUUAACUCCACAAUUCAUGAUCAUUGGUUUUGGAGAUGGGUUUGCUCUAGUUGGCCUGCAAGAGUACUUCUAUGAUCAAGUUCCUGACAGUAUGAGAAGCUUAGGAAUAGCUGUCUACCUGAGUGUGAUUGGGCUUGGGAACUUCCUUAGUAGUCUAUUGAUAACUGUUGUUGAUCAUGUAACACAGAGCCAUGGGAGGAGUUGGAUUGGGAAAGACUUGAACAGUAGCCGCUUGGACAAGUUUUAUUGGCUGUUGGCAGCCAUGAAUGGGGUGAAUUUAUGCUUCUAUGUAUUUGUAGCUAGGAGGUCUUCUUACAAAAAUGUGCAGAGAAGGGUAGCUGUUGCUGACUCUUGUGAUGUGAGAGAGAUCAGAGAUGAGAUAGAAUUGAUGGCCUGAUGAUCAGUUAAUCCAUCUAUGUCUGUUAUGUUCAUAAGGGGAAUUCAGAUCCUCGUAAGGGAGUGUGAUAGCUUUGGUAGUUUGGUACUUUUUAUGUUCUGUCUCUCUCUUGUCUUUUGUAAUUUGCAGAUUAAAAAUUCGAUCCCUCUU